AUGGAGAUGCGCGGCGUGUUACGUGUCGUGCGGUCGCAGCCGGCCUCGUCGCUGCUCUUCAAGCCGCCCAUGCUCUACAACCCAGUCUUCCUCAGAUACAGCUCGACGACAGCGCCAGGGUCUCCCACCGUGAAGCCAUCUCAACGGUCCUCUGCUUCUUCCUCGUCUACCAGCACAUCCGCCCCGCCCAAACGGGCUCCCACCUCCUCCGAUUUCGACGACAUCCUCGACAAGCUCGACAUCAACAGUCGGCAGUCCGCACAAACUUCACAAGCCGGGGGGCCGGGGGGAAAACCCGGCAAGAAAGCCGGAUCAUCACCGUUGUCGUCAUCCAACCAGCCUGUUUUCUCUGACCCGCUGUCGCUCUCUCGCGCCGUGAGCCAGGGAGUCGAGACAGAACAGUACUACCGCUCUUCGUCGUUGCGGCGGGUCGAGCUGACGCUGGGCCCCAAACUCGGCCGCCAGGUGAACGUUGAGCCGGAGCGUGGGCUUGACCUGCCCUCUGCGCUGCGCAGGUUGCAGAUCCAGUGCAGUGCCAACAGGAUCAAGCAGCAGGUCCGCGAGCAAAAGUAUCAUGUUCGUCGUGGGCAGAAGCUCAAGAACCUCAAGGUCGAGCGUUGGCGGAGGCUGUUCCGCCAGUCCUUCCAGCGGACGGUGACUAAGAUCCAGAGGAUGAGGGCUCAGGGGUGGUAG